UUCCAGUUGCUCACUGCCAUCCCCUCCAAGCCUCUCGAUGAAGCGCCCAGCCUCUGCCAUGGACGCGUCCGGAUUCGCCGUGACACGCGUGGCGUGUUUGGGGGAUUCCAACACGGUGGGCGGCGGCUUGAGAUCCGAGAGUUACCCCGCACAGCUCCAGAGAAGACUGGAUCAAGAGGCGGGCCCGGGAGCGUUCCUGGUGAAAUCCUUUGGCGUGAACGGAGCGGUGGCGGCCAAGACGCCGGGCAAGAAAUGCUACAUGGAACAAACGCGCUAUACGGCUGCAACUGACUUCCAAGCGCAUGUCCAUGUGGUGAUGCUGGGCACGAACGAUGCAUGGCAUCGCAACGGUGAGCCGAAGAAAGUGGCCGAGGCCAUAGCAUCUCUGGUGGCUGAUCUGCGAAGGCGACACGGCGUCGCGAAAAGCGUGGUGAUUGUCCAACCCCCUGGCGUCAAGGCUGGACGAUUGAGCGACAACUUGACGCAGCACGUGCACCCGCAGCUGCGGCAGCGCGUGCGCUCCAUGGCUUCGAGCAUUUUGCUGGAGCUUCCACCGAGCCUCAGCGAUGCCAGAGGCUACAAGGCGGACCUGGUGCACCUCUCGGAAAAAGGUGCCAGUGAAAUCGCCGCCUGCGUGGCUUCAGCCAUUCUGGGCGAAAAAAGGGCGGACUCAGCAGAGACGGGGUGUCCAUUGCGAUGGCUCUUCUUCGGCUGCGGUGCGGUGGGUGGCUACUUCGGUGCACGCCUGGCCGAGAAAGGAGAGAAGGUAAGCUUUAUGGUUAGAAAAGACACCUUGAGAGUUUUGAAAUCUGAGGGCGUGAAAGUGAAAAGCAUCUGCGGCGACGUUCACAUCCCUCGAGCCAAGCUGGAUCAGGUGAUGAACACGGAAGCACUUGACAAAGAAAGCAAAUUUGAAGCUGACGUGAUCGUCCUGGGCUGCAAGGCCUGGGAAGUUGAACGUUGCCUGGGUAUGUGCGCCCCAUGGUGUGGAAAGAACACACUGGUGCUUCCCCUGCAGAACGGCGUGGACGGCGCCGGAAAGGUGCGGCAAAUGGUCAGCGGCUGGGGCAGGGGCCAUCCGCUGGUGGGCUGGUGCAACAUCGUGGCAGCCAUCCAGGAGCCUGGCUUGAUCAAACAUUGGGCAGCCAAUCCGCCUGCGGUCUACUUUGGAGAGUUCGAGGGGGAAGCCACGGCAAAGACCAAACAACUGGAAACCAUUUUCUCGAAGUGCGACGGGGUGGCAGUUCACCUGGAACAAGAUGCCCUGUGCGCAUGUUGGGAAAAGUUCUCCUUCAUCUGCUCUACCACCGCGGUGCAAGCGACAGCGGGACCCAGCGCCACGCAGGACUUGAUUCCCAAGGUCCCGGAGUUGGAACAGAUGUGGCGCUCCGCCAUGAGGGAAAUCAUGGCCGUGGCUCGUGCGCAUGGCGUGAAUUACAAGGAGGAGUGGAUUGACAAGCGAAUUCCCAUCUUGGCCGAAGCUCUUGGCGCGACCACCAGCUGCUCACGAGAUCUUUGGGCUGGGAGGCAUAGCGAACUGGAUGACUUGUUAGGUUCAGUUCACCGCCUUGGCGAAGCGAAGAAUGUGCCCACACCUGUCAUCUCCACGUGCUAUCGCAGCCUCGCUGUGCGCGACCGUGUGGCGCGAAGAGAAGCCACCCUGCCCAUCUAUCCGCUACUGGAGGGGCAGAAAAUCUUGGGUACCAUUUGCAAUCACAAGGGUCAACAGCUCCCCGCAGAGCGGACCUUGGUUCAAAAGAAGGUUUCUGAGGCCAGUGCCCUGGCUGCAUCUGUCGAGAAAGCAAGCGAGUGUGAGAAGCAUUUUUGCACCGACGAGUCCAAAUUGGAGUGGUUCAUUUGCCCAAUGACUUCUGCUGUAGCCAGCGGAGGGCAGAGUGAAAUCCCUGAAGGCGUUCAGAUGAUGUGGGAAGCAGAGCUUGGUGUGGUGAUCUCACACGCCUGCGAAAACCUAUCAGUGGAGGAAGCCAUGAAUUACGUGGGUGGCUACUGCGUGGUGCUGGAUUUAACCGGCGGCAAUCUAGGUGCCUGGGGGCGGUGCAACGUGGAACAACGUGGAACAACGUGGAACAACGUGGAACAACGUGGAACAACGUGGAACAACGUGGAACAACGUGGAACAACGUGGGACGACUGGGGGCGGCAAUUCAGAAAGGUGCUUGGAGAAAGGGAAAUCACUGGGUCAACCUUGGCUGGGGAAUUGUGCAAAUUGUCAAUCACGGUUUAA